UCCUGCAAAAAAAAAAAAAGAAACAUACUUCCGUUCACGUGAUUAAAAACCCGGAAGUCGUACUUUGGCUAGCUCGAACUGAGCUCCUAUUCGCAAAAUAAAGACUACAAAGGCGGACAUAUUUGGACCUUAAAUAUAUGUUUCAUCCGAUAUCAUUUCAAAUAAACUCGACAGCCUUGAGCGAAAGGUGCUUGUUGGUGUAAAUGGAGGACAAGAGCAGCGACAUUGGGGACCCCAGCUCCUGGGCGGACAUGCAUCCUUUCCUCGGCGCGGGCGCCAAGGAGCAGCUGGACGCGGCCAACGUGUGGAGCAUGUUAGGGGCGAACGCGCUCCCUCAGCCUGUGCAGGACGCCGCCCAGAGGAAAUGUAAGGCCAUGGACGAUGUGCGCCAUGUCUGCACCUGCCCGGGCUGCCCUCUGUCUUUAAAGGCCGCACAAGGCGUCACGUGUGCCUCCAAAGACAGCGUCAGUCCGAUGACGUCACCCGAUGGCUCCAGUGAAGCGAGCAGCACGAGCACGUCGGACUCCCCCACGUCCAGGCAGCCCUCUUUGGGCCACAUCUCCUCCAUCUUCCCUUGCCUGUGUUACCGCCACGGCCAGCUGCUGAACAGAGACGCCGUCUUGUCUCGCACUCAUCAUCACUUCCAUCACCACCACUGUCCCAUCGGCGCCUGUCUGCCCCGCCCCCAGUCGGGACAGCCACAUUCCCAGCAGCUCGCUGCAGCUCCCUUCUCCUGCUUGGCGUCUCUGCAGCGGCAGCUUCAGGAGGAGCGAGGGCCACCCCUGGCGAGCUUCACAGCGCAUCCCUGCAUGCAUUGCGCCGCGUCCUUCUCUCAACCCUCCCAGUUGCUCCAGCACCAGCUCGCCGAGCACGCCAACAAGCCCUGCGGGUUUCUGUGCCUGCAGUGCGGGAGGACCUUCAACUCGCACAGCAACCUGCGCAUCCACCUCAACGUGCACACCGGCGCUCGGCCCUACAGCUGCGCUGAAUGUGGCAAAGGGUUCAGCCAAUCCGGCGCGCUCAAGAUCCAUAGGCGCAUUCACACGGGGGAGAGACCUUACACCUGCGGCUUCUGCGGCAGGGGCUUUCCACACUUGGCCGGGUUCCGAGCCCACCAGCGGACUCACACGGGGGAGAAACCUUACCGCUGUAGUCAGUGUGGGAAGUGUUUCACCCAAUCAGGAGCGCUGAAGAUUCACACUCGCAUCCACACAGGAGAGAAACCCUUCGUCUGUACCAUCUGUGGAAAAGCCUUCUCCAAUCGCUCUGGCCUCCGAUUCCACAACACCACAGUCCACGGUCUCCCUCCGGAGCAGUCGGGACCGGAAGGGGCAAGAGGACGCCCACCUGCAAGUCUGCACGCACCCGCCAGACCCGACGGCAACGCUCCGUCCGGCUUCACCCUGCUCGGCGCUAGCAAGCCGCAGUCUGACGGCGAGAACCCAGACAGGAACAGGGAGGGGCUGGUGUAUGCCUGCGAGGACUGUGGGCUGCGUUUUAAGGACGCUCCCUCCAGGAACCGACACCAGAGUCAGGUCCACUACUUCGCUGAGGAGGGAGUAGCGAAAGAAGGAAGUAUAAAUGAGGGAAUCGCACACGACAAUGGAGAAGAAAUCCGAGUCACUAUUGUUUAAACUAACAAACAUAUUUUUCUGAUAUUUGAAGUUGAGGAUCUUCUAAGUGUGGCACAGUCAGCCUCACUUCAGAGGGUCUCACCCACUCACAAACAACAUGUGUACACUUAUUGUAGACAAUGUACAUUUGCAUUCAUUUUUCAUCACUGCACUUUGACUUUUUUCUAGAUUUUUCUCAAGCUCAUCUUCUGGAAACUAGCUUAAUAUUGAUAUAAACUGAUAUUGAUGACAUUGUUAAUUUAUUAAUGUUUCAAGGCCAAACACGGGUUCAUCCUUGGACAAUUCAUUAGGGAAAACUUUACAGGCUAUCCAUCCAUCCAUUUCUACCGCUUAUUCCCUUCUAGGUUGUGGGGGGCGCUUGAGCCUAUUUCAGCUACAUGCGGACGGAAGGGGGGGGUACACACUGGACAAGUCACCAUCUCAUCGCAGACUUUACAAGCUAAUGAGGUCCAAAAACUCAGACUGUAAUGAUGCAACAGUAAUUGGUUACACUAUCCUUCUACUUAAAACUGUGAGCAGGAAGUUUACAUUCCUUGAUCAGUUUUCUGAACAAUCACAUUAUAAAAGGGAUUUCCAUUCAACCGUCCAUUUUCUACAGCUUGUCCCUCUCAGGGUGGGGGGGUCUGUGCUGAAGCCUAUCCCAGCUGCACUCAGGCGGAAGACGGCGUACACACUGGACAAGUCGCCACCUCAUCGCAGGGCCAACACAUAGACGUACAAACAUUGAUCGUUCCUAAAACGGUGGAGAAUGUUGAACCCUUUUGUUAAUGGAGCAAGUAUGGGCUUACCAAUCCACUAUGUAAGUACAUUUGCAAAAAUAAUUAAUAGCUUCAGCUUCACUUCACUUUUAAAAUGAGCAUUUCACAUGUCUAAGUCAUUUAAGACCAUCCCCAGUAUUAAAACAUAAUUCAAUUCAUAUGAAUAAUAAACUUCCUUUGUUUAUACAAAACCCAAAACCAGUGAAGUUGACGCGUUGUGUAAAUCGUAAAUAAAAACAGAAUACAACGACUUGCAAUUCUUUUUCAACUUAUAUUUAAUUGAAUAGCCUGAUAUUACAAGAUAUUUCAUGUUCAAACUGAGAAACUUAUUUCGUUUUUGCAAAUAAUCAUGGACUUGAAAUUGUUUUGUUCAACAGUCCGGGGUUUCCGUUGUUGUAUUUUAGGCUUCAUAAUGCGGCACACAUUUUCAAUGGGAGACAGGUCUGGACUACAGGCAGGCCAUUCUAGGACACGCACUCUUUUACUACGAAGCCGCGCCGUUGUAACACGUGCUUAGUUGCUGACAGUGGUUUUCUGAAGUGUUCCUGAGCCCACGGGGUGAUAUCUUUUACAAACUGAUGUUUUUGAUGCAGCACUGCCUGAGGGAUUGAAGGUCAUAGGUAUUGCUGCUCACGUGCAGUGAUUCCUCCAAAUUCUCUGAACAUUUUGAUGAUAUUACGGACUACAGAUGGUGAAAUCCCUAAAUUCCUUGCAAUAGCUGGUUAAUAAAUGUUGUUCUUAAUCUGCUGAACAAUUGGCUCACACAUUUGUUCACAAAGUGUUGACACUCGCCCCAACCUUGUGAAUGACUGAGCAUUUCAUGAAACUUGGUUUUAUACCCAAUCAUGGAACCCACCCGUUCCAAAUUAGCCCGCUCACUUGUGGGAUUUUCCAAAUAAGUGUUUGAUGAGCAUUCUUCAACCUUCUGUCUUUUUUCCCACUUGUGCCAACUUUUUUUAAACAUGUUGCAGGCAUCAAAUUCCAAAUGAGCUAAUAUUUGCAAAAAAUUACAAAGUUUACCAGUUUGAACAUUAAGCAUCUUGUUUUUGCAGUCUAUUCAAUAGAAUAUAGGUUGAAAAUGAUUUGAAAAUCAUUUUAUUCUGAUUUUAUUUAUGAAUUACACAAAAUGGCAACUUCACUGGUUUUGGGGUUUGUAAACGCACAGAAUCUAAGGUGCUACAAUCUUUCGAUGUCUUUGUUAGGUACAAAAUCAUCAGUGUUUAUUCUCCUAAUCACCACAAAAACAUAGCCAUUGUGCCUUUUCUGUGUGAUAACAUUUUAUAUAAUAUAACCGUUAUGAAUUUACCUGUUUUUGUUAGACGUUUACAACUAACUAGAGCCACCCGGUGGUAGCUUGUAGCCAUUGCAGUAUUAAACCCACCAGUGUAUCACAGUAGCUCAACACAUUUUCAAGUUGUAAAUAUAUGUUGUCAUGACAACAUCAUUUGCUGUUUUCCAUCCGUCUGUAAUACAGCUUCUGAAAGUGCAAAACAUUGACUCAAUAAAAAAGACAUGAGACAAAGAAAAUA